GGAAGAGGAGCUGGCUCUUCCCUCAGAUCUCUUGUGCUGGCUGAUUGAUUAGGACCUACUGGAGGCUGGGAAUCAUGCAUCGCAAGGAAAUACCACCUGUACCCUGCUUCCCUGCCAACUCUGUACACACCACAGCGUUUGAGACCGGAGCCCCACGGGGGAUGGAAUUGGGUCCCAGAGGAGCUGUAGAUCGAUGCGACCUCUGUCACAGUCAUGGCAUCACUACCCAGAUAAGAGGCCACAGGCAUUUCUGCCUCUUCCAGGCCUGUGUGUGUCACAAUUGUGCCCUCUCCUGGGAGCCUUGGAGGGUGUUGCCUGAUGUGAGUGCCUUGCAGAAGGAGCAAGAGGCAGAGCUAAAGAAGCUCCUGGCUCAAGGACUGAUAAAGACUGUGGCUGCCUCUCCCAACGCUCAGAACCACAUGGAGAAUUUGGCCACUGAAGCAGGAGUCCUCACUGGGAAGGAGAGCCUCAUGCCCCAGCCAGAGACCCGCCCUCCUACAACCCCCAAGGAGCAGCGCUCCAAAGGGGCCGUGCUGCUCAGCCAGCCCCCUGAACUUCUGACUCUGCCCCGUGAUCCAACGACCUGGGAGCAACAACAGAUGGCUUCUCUUCCCAGAGAGCCCUGCUGUCCCCCUGCCCUGCCCGGCAUAUGCUCAGCUGUGAUCCUUCAUCCCUGUGCCUCGCAUAGCCCUCUUCUACAGCAGCCACAGGUCGUCAAAGCCUCUGACCAGGCUUCUGUUUCUGCCUGCUCAGAGUGGCAGAAGAUGCUGGAGGCUGCUGAGGCUCUGCUCUCUCUGAAAAACUCUCGCCUGGCCCCUUCUGUUUCCAUCUCCACACACCAGCCCUGCAACCCACCAGCAGAUCGAUGUGAACCCAGGGCCCAGAGAGGAAGGCCUGGAGGAGCUCUGAGGAAGGAAAAACACAUGAGGAGCCCAAGAGGGAUGGCUGGUCAUUCCAGGACCAAAACGGUGGAAGAGGCGCGCUCCUGUGGAGAUAGAGGACUCCAGUCUCCAGGCCCCUCUCUCCGCCCCAGGCCCAACAACUCCACGUCGCUGCCUACUGGACGCCUAAGGUGAAUCUCCUCUUUAAUCUAGGAGCCCAGAGGAAGAAGCCUCA